AUGAACGCGACGGCGCCGGCGCUGAUCCCGCCCUUUCGCUUCAGCACCGUCCAGCAGGGACUGUACCGCGGUUCGUACCCCACGCUCAAGAACUUUCGCUUCUUGCGGCGCUUGGGGCUCAAGACGGUCGUGUCGGUGACCCCCGAGCCGCCCACGAGCGACUUGGCGGCCUUUUGCGCCACGGAAAAGAUCACGUUGCGGCACUUUUAUGCCGAGAAGUUCACGUCGGACAACGUGACUGUCUCGCCGGCUACCACCGCGCAGAUUCUGAAUCUUAUCGUGCAGGUGCAGCACCUCCCGCUCUAUCUACACUGUCUCGAUGGCGCCAAUGUCACGGGCAUUGUCGUCAUGGUGCUCCGGAAGCUCUUGCACUGGACCAAGUUGGCGACGAUCUCGGAGUUUUGCAGGUUUACACGGGACCACGGCAUUGAAAAAGACGAGUCUGAGUACUUGGCUGCCUUUUCAGAGGAGAUUGUCGUUGGCGCAGAUGUCCCAGAGUGGCUGUGGAACGGCGUGCGCGUCACGAAACACCCGACAAUGACUGUGCGCCAGCCAUGUUUGGAGCUCGCGACUGCCAACACGCUCGAUGCUGCUGGAAACCUGAGCAACGGCACGCCGAGUCUCAAGUGGGAGACCGACGUCGGAAAGACCGAGGCCAUUUUACGUCAGUUCGAAGAAGCCAGUCGAAACCGCAUUGGCGAAGUGGCCGACGGCAGUGAACAAGUCGAGGCGGUCAUUGACGAGGCACUGCAGGAUGUUCCGCUCACGCGGUCGCUCGAAGCGCUGGAUCUAGCAGGCGUCUGA